AGCGCACACGGCUACAUCUAGUUGUUCCGCAGGUCCGCCAUCAUUACACUGGUUUGUGACAAGUCGGUUGAGGGCACACUCAAAGCUGUGGGGGAAAAACCAGCUAAGAGCGGAAAAUACCUGAUGACUCUCACCAGUAAGUACGCCUGCGAAUCUACCGGCGGAACCGUUACGGUCACCUACAGUCUCUCUGUAGGAAGCAUCCUCGUUAUAGCGGUGGUGGUGUUGUCUGUCGUGUAUGCCGUUGGCGGUGUCUCUAUACAGAAGUUUGUGAGGAAAGCGGAGGGCAAGGAAAUCAUCCCCAAUCUCAACUUCUGGUCCAGUAUCCCCGGCCUCAUCAAGGGCGGCGUGCUCUUCACUGUACGGUGUGGCAAGGUCAGCCGGUACGACCAGAUCUGAGGCCUGUGUUGGCUGUCAUCUUCAAGAUGUCUGUGUUGGUCGGUCACGAGCAGUCUCAUCAUUUACACGACCGGGUCACAUAAUAUGAGUGACACUCUUACAGCAGAGAAUACAUGGUGUGAUUGUUAUUGUGUUUUGUCGUGUUUUGUAUACGUCAAAGUGUGACAUUCGAAUAUGUAUUCACAUUGGAUGUUCCGCAAGUCGAGGAGGCCUCGUUUUGAUUCAGGACAUGAAUAUUAAUGAGCAAACGACCCCCUUCCAGCCUGCCGAUGACGUCAUAAUAGUUUGUUCUUCGUAUGGACCUCGCAGUGCAAUUAAUUGUUUCCAGUAUAGAUCAUUUAUUAAAUUGUUUGUUUGAAAA